AUGGACACCCCAGAGGACCCCGACCUUGAUGUCGGGUGGGCGGUGACAUCUGCGGCGGUCCGUUGCGCAGCAUGGUGGCUGCUGUGGGGCGGCACGGUGGCGCUAGGCGUCAGGCUGCGCGGCAGCCGCAGCCGCGGCUGGACGCUGUACCGCGUCCUGCUCGCGGUGCUGACCGCGCAGGCGCUCAAGAUGUCGGCGUACCUGGCAUAUGCGGACAGCUUCCGCCGCGGCGACGCGCCGGUCACCACUUCGCGCCUCUUCCUGGCCUACAUCCCGUUCCGCGAGGCCGCCCAGGCCGCGUUCCUGGGGCUGCUGCUGCUGCUGGCCAGCGGGUUCAGCAUCACGCGAGCCGACAUGGGCGCGCACAAGGCCAAGGUGGUGGGCAUCCCCGCGAUCCUGCUGGUGACGGGCGUGGUGACGGGCGUCCUCUACACGCAGUUCACUGACGCCGUGUCUGAUGACGUGGACGUGCUGUCGAUGGCGCCGUGGGAGCAGGCGCUGUGGUUUGUGUGCACCCUGCUCAACAUGGCCUGCCUCAUGCUGGCCUGGGUCUACGCGUUCGACAUCAUUGCACAGGAGAUGGAGGCUCUCGACGCGCAGGAGGCCUUCAACAAGCGGUCAGGCCCCGCGGACAACGGCGCCCCUGCCGCCCCCAGCGGCGAGGCGGCCGGCGCCGCGCCCCACGCGGCGGCCGCCAACGAGUUUGACGAGGCGCUGGGGCGCGAGGGCGUGACGGCUUACAAGCAGCUGCUGGGCGCGGGGCAGAACGCCAGCCACAUCGCGGGGGCGGAUGUUGAGGCGCAGGAGUUUGAGACGGUGGCGGACCGCCUAAAUUUUGAGAUCAAGAAGAACCUGCGUUUCUCCUUCGGCGUCGGCGCCUAUUUGAUCGCCACCAUGUGCGCCCUGCUGCUGCCCAUCUACAUGAAUGUGGUGGUGCAGGGCCUGGUCGUCUUCCUGCAGUUCCUGGUGCAGCUGGGGUUCAUGGCCGCGCUGGUGUGGAUAUUCCGCCCGGUCGAGGACUCGCCCUAUUUGAUGGUGGGGUCGUCCCUGGAGCACGCGGAGGAGUUGGGGGUGGCGGACCUGGGCACGGCCCUGGGGCUGGACGGCGACGGCGACGACGACGACGGCGACGACGGCCGCCACCUCCGCGGCGCCGUCGAGCUUGGGGCAGUGCCGCACCACGGCGCGAAGCAGGAGCAGCGGCAGCAGCAGCAGCAGCCAAAGGCGCCGCCGCGCGCGCCGCGCCCGGCCGGCGGCUCCGGCGCGCCCAGCGACGCCGGCGGCAGCGGGCGGCGCGACCAGAGCGGUGCCGGCGCCGCGCCCGCGCGGCUGCCGCUCAGCAGCUCGGCGUCUGACCUGCUGCAGCCGCCGCCAGGCCUGCCGCCGGACGUCAACUCGACCCUGUUCAGGACGUUCCUGGCUGCGACGGGCAGCUCUCACAUGCAGAGCAGCAAGCGCGACAACAAACCCCAGGCGCGCGACAAGCAGAAUCCCCCAAAGCCGCUGACCGAGUGA